AUGUGCCAGCAAGAAGAGGAAAAGAAAGUCGAUCGAGAGGUUGAUGAGGGUAGUGCACUGGUUGCAGUAUCCCAGGACCUCACAGACGAAGACAACUGCGUGCAGGACACGCAUAUCGAAGAGCCAGCGACACCCUCCAUACAGCCUGAGUCGGUGCCGCACGUGGCCUCCGACACUGAAGAUGUGGCUGGUACCUCCGAGGGUAUGCAUGCCACUACAAAGAAUGGCGUUCAGCCCGAAGACUCAUCGAAUCAGCAAGCGACUGAAGGGGCUAACACCGACAAUGCUGAUAGCAAUGUGGCGUCGAUCAGUGAUUCCGAUAAAACACAGGCAUGCAAACAGAAGACGAACUUGACCGACAGCGACAAGGUAGCUGACGCAUCGCUCGCCAGCGGUUGGGACGACUCUGAUAGCGAUGAAGAGCAGUCACCAGACAACGGUGCGAAAGUACAGUCACCAGAUGACGGUAAAGCGCAGACUCAGAGUUAUGUCAUACCUGUAGUACGCGUGGAUGGCCCCGAAGAUGAUCGUAUGCCUAUAUUCAACAGGGCUCGCCCGGUUACGCCUCACUCGCCUGGCCGCAGACGUGCAGACAUGUACGACAGGAAACCACACGAGAUGCCAUACUUCUCUAGCCAGUUGAGACAAGCUUGGUCGGCUCUCGAAUAUAUGGACUACAGUGUUGCCAGGGCUGGAGACCGGGUCGAGAUUGUUGCGAUACCUCAGCCAAAGAGACACAGCGAGUCUACCGGGUGCGAAGACCCAUAUGAGAAACCGCGAGCCGCUCCAACUCCCGCCAAGUCUAAGGGUCAUCGCCGUACAAACGCAGUCACCAAUGCAGAAGUACCACUCCGAAGUACGAGGUCUAUGCUAUACGAGUGGCACGAGAAGUACACUCGCAAAGCCGAGGAAUUGAAGUAUUAUAGAAAGCAGCUCAACCGGGCAAAUGGAAAACUUGAAGAGGAGAAGCAAAGGUUCCAACAAGCGCAAAGCGAUGCGGAAAGCAAAGCCAAAGCCAAGGAUCUUCUACAUAGUGAAGACCUGGCCGCUCUCGUAGAAGAGGCCAACGAUGCUUGUACUCAGCUCAGAGUAAGCACGGACAAAUACGAAGACAGACUGAAACUACUGCAGCAAAAGCUCGAUGAAUCUCUCGCUGCUAUCAAGAGUAUCGAGCAGGAACGUGAUGAUGCUAGGGCAUCGCUACUCACACUGCAGACCAGUCUCGAGGAGCGUACGGCCGCAUUAGAGGCUACAGAGACUCUCGGUAGAGAAAUGCAAACUUCCAUCGAUGCUGAGAAAAGCAACAUGAGCGAAAUUGAGGCCCGCAACAACGAACUUCAGGCUCAACUAGAUGACUUCCUCGCACGGGACCGAGGCAUCGAUCAGAAAACCGCAAAGCUGCAAAGCCAUCUCCGUCAACUUUCUCGCCAGCUCGAUGGUACUCACGACAUGAUCGAAAAGCUUCAAACACAAAACGCCGACUUGGAACGCGCCAACCGUAGACUAGAGCACCAAAUCGCUCUCAGACGCAUCUCAGAAGCCAGAUCCGAACCCUGGAACAAGCGACGCAAAGCAUGGCGACAGGAAUAUGCUUGGACAGAAGAGCACAAGAUCCUGAAGCAGCGAGCAGAACGAGAAGAUCUGGCACGGGCUGAUUAUGAGAGUGCUAGAGAGUAUGCUUUGGAUGAUCUCAAACUUCCUGAACCGAAUGAUGCGUUCGAGUUCUACCAGAAACUUGCUGGUCGUGUGGUGAGAGUACCCAAGAGCGCGGCGAAAUCGGCGGCACAGGAUACUUUGACGCGGAAACCAACUUGGCUUUCGAUUUGGAGGAAUAGUGUUAGCCAGAGCUUUUCGUGGUAUUGGUGA